GGACGAAGAGGACUUUCAUAAUAUUGACGAGUGACAUCCAUGGAGGAAUAUCAGGAACCUUGAUGUAAUGUCGACAGUAGAUAAGUGAGAAGAGUUUUUCCACCAUGGAGGCUGUAGUUAACUUCCUGAAUGUAUUCCACAUCGAGGCCAGUGGAUUGUCGGUGACACUCAGCCUCUUUCUUAUUUUUCUUGGCCUUCUGUACUGGUACUCAGUUUACCCCUUUUCAGUCCUUUCUCGAUGUGGCAUCAAACAUCCAAAGCCAGUACCUUUUUUUGGCAACAUAUUCCUGUUUCGCCAGGGUUUUUUCAACCCGAUCAAUGAUCUCAUAAAGACACAUGGCAGAGUUUGUGGGUACUAUUUGGGCCGGAGAGCGGUGGUGGUCAUUGCUGAUCCUGACAUGCUCAGACAAGUGAUGGUCAGGGACUUCAGCAGCUUCCCAAACAGAAUGACUGUUCGCUUUGCCACCAAACCCAUGACUGACUGUCUGCUCAUGCUCAGGAAUGAACGCUGGAAGAGAGUGCGGAGCAUCUUGACCCCAUCCUUCAGUGCAGCCAAGAUGAAAGAGAUGGUUCCACUCAUCAACACAGCCAUUGAUGCCCUGAUGAGCAACUUGAACAUCUCUGCUGAGUCAGGAGAGGCCUUUGACAUCCACAAGUGUUUUGGUUGCUUCACUAUGGAUGUUAUUGCAAGUGUUGCAUUUGCAACUCAGGUGGACUCUCAGAACAACCCAGAUGACCCAUUUGUCCGCCAUGCACAGAUGUUCUUCUCCUUUUCUUUCUUCAGGCCCAUCAUGCUGUUUUUCAUUUCUUUUCCGUUCAUCAUGGCUCCUCUGGCAAAACUCAUCCCCAACAAAAGACGAGACCAGAUGAAUGGGUUCUUCAUCAACAGCAUCCAGAAGAUCAUCAAGCAAAGAGAGGAGCAGCCUCCUGAGCAGAGGCGUAGAGACUUCCUUCAGCUGAUGUUGGAUGCACGCACCAGUAAAGAGAGUGUGUCCUUAGAGCACUUUGACACAGCAAACGCUGCUGGCGAGCUGGAUGACAGAAACCAACAGACGCAGCAGUCGGCCUCUGAUCAGGAGGACCGUCUUCACUCACAGGAGCCCCCCACCAGGCGUCUGCAGAAAAAGAUGAUAACUGAGGAUGAGAUUGUGGGUCAGGCUUUUGUCUUUUUACUGGCAGGCUACGAAACCAGCAGCAACACGUUGGCCUUCACCUGCUACCUCCUGGCUAUUCACCCUGAAUGUCAGUGCAAAGUACAGGAAGAGGUGGAUGAUUUCUUCACCAGACAUGAGUCACCAAAUUACACAAAUGUCCAGGAGCUGAAGUAUUUAGACAUGGUUAUAUGUGAAGCACUGCGCCUCUACCCCCCUGGAUUCAGGUUUGCAAGAGACAUCGACCAGGACUGUGUGUUGAACGGCCAGUUCCUUCCUAAAGGAGCAACGCUGGAGAUUCCAGCAGGAUUCCUCCACUACGACCCCGAGCAUUGGCCAGAGCCUGAGAGGUUUAUCCCUGAGCGAUUCACACCAGAGGCCAAAGCCAGUCGACAUCCAUUUGUAUACCUGCCGUUUGGGGCCGGUCCCCGAAACUGUGUGGGAAUGAGGCUUGCCCAACUGGAAAUCAAAAUGGCUCUGGUGCGUCUGUUCCACAGGUUCAGCAUUGUGGCCUGCUCUGAGACCAAGGUUCCUCUUGAGUUGAAGUCGUCGAGCACCCUCGGACCUAAAAACGGCAUAUUUGUGAAAAUUAAAAGAAGAGACAUGGGAGAAGGUCAAGUAAAUUCUCCAUCGUACAGUUAGAAGCUCAUCAUGAAUGGUAAAAAAAAUCCUAUAGAUUGUUGACACAUUAUGACAUGAUGCACAGUGUCAUAUACUGUCAAUACUUCCAUAGGUAAACAUGAUCAAGUAUAUUAUAAGUUACAAUACGCUGUCUACCUCAGUUACCGUGCUGCUUUAGGGAGUGAACUAGAAAUGAGGAACCUUUCAGUAUAUAGCAAUCUAUUUUUUUUUUUUUUUCAAAUACAUUUUGAACAUGCUACAACGUUGCUGAAGGUCAUAAACGUUAUUUAGGGAAAGUAUUGUUUCAUUAAUUUGAACAGUUUUCAUUUCACUUUACCAUUUCUUUAUCCAUUGUACUGUAGAAUUAGGAUUCUUUUAUUAAUUUGAAAGUGCAUUUAAUUAUUUAAACUUCUAUGAUUUUGACAAGUUACUACUGUUAAUUCAGUGAACAGAAAUUGAAUAUUGUAUAGUGUGUUUUAAAAAAGAAUAAUAAUAAUAAUGAUGAUGAUGAUGCUGAUGACAAAACUGCCAGCUAAACCUGAAAGUUUGCACAUUCCUUCACCAAUUGGACAGCCUGUUGUUUAACUGAGCCGUUCCCUUUGCGGUUGUUUUUUGCCCAUGAAUAUUGAUUAAUAUUUUACUGUCACGCAGUCACAGAGGUCAAUUUCUGGCAACAUUUUACUGAUUAUAUUUGAAUGAAGACUUUGCUUCAUGAUUCCCGAUACAGUGCAGCCAUGUUUCUGCCUCCGAAAAUUUGAGCAGAAACCGGCCAUUUUUAGAGUGAAAGAAGUGGUUUGUGGAAAGAAAUCAUCGUUGUUUCUAUUGUAUCUUGUUUCUGAUUACCUUAUAUAGUCAGCUUUUAUCAAUAUCUCAGUAUAAAAAAAUGUUCCUUACUAGCCCUAGGAGUAAAAGCAUUUAAUCGCUUUUCCCUUGAGAAUAUCAUUCAUUAGUCUUUACAAAGAACAUUUACACCUUAUUAAAAUGAAAAUGUUAUAUUAGGUAAAUAAGUGACUCUGAAUUUUAAUAGCGUUUGAGUUUUUCAGAGAUGCUUGACAAUUGCAGCCCUGAAUACAAUGAGAGUGAUUUAUUGAUGAUUCAUUCAAAUGUGUCUAUGAAAGAACAUAGAUUUCAGCUGCUGUGACUACAGGCAGAGGACUAAAUGUGCCUGUUUGAUGUGCACUAAAAUGGGUCAAAUGCCACUUGUGUGAAAUUAAAUUUGAACACAUGAUGAGAUUGCUCUUUUUCUGGUUUAUUUGUUAUAUAAAUUACACCAACUUCUUUAUUUGCAGUUUGUAAUGUGUUUAUUAUACAACAGUCAAUUUCAUUCUACAUCUGAACACCUGAUGAUGUCGGCCUCUGCAUCUUUCUUUUCGGCUUGCAUUAAUGACCUGUAGCAGACAGUCUUAUCACAACAACAUAGACACCAAUCACAAGACAAGCAUUUUCUAUUGGAAUGCUU